GCUCGCUCGCGCUUCCUGCUCUCCGGUGAGGUGGGGGCGGGUGAGUGUGCGCGUGUACCGUCAGCGUGUGGGCGUGUCCUGCGUUGCUCGCGGCCCGGCCGUUGACCAGUGACCGAGUCCGGCGAAGAGAGACAGCGGCAUGACGGCCGAGAGACAGCCCGAGCAACGGCAGGAAGAGGAGGAGAGGAGCGGGACCGACACCCGGCACAGCACGGACAGCCAAAUGCUGGUAAACCAGUUGAGGGAGGUCACAGGGAUUCAGGAUGCUGUUAUACUUCGAGAAGCACUAAAGGCCAGUAAUAAUGAUGUCACUCGCGCUGUUGGCUUUCUCACUGAUGAAUGUGCCAAAGAGCCAGACUCCAAAAUAGUGGCAGCUGAACCAGGUGAUGAUGCUGGUGGAAGUGUCAGAGGUUUGGGUGACAUCACUCAUGAAAAGCAAGCACUCGAGGCAGCAAUUGCUCUCAGCUUACAAGCCACAAAACCUGAGUUAGAGGGGGGCGAUUCGAACAGAUCUCAUGAAUCCCAAGCCAAUAAAAACAAUAGCCGUCCAAAGAGGAAAAGAUGUGAGGCUUGGGGAGAUCAUCCAAACCCUAAUGAUUUCCGGAGGGUCGGAGACUGGCCUGUAGGAUUGAAGAACAUUGGUAACACAUGCUGGUUUAGUGCGGUAAUACAGUCCCUUUUCCACUUGCCGGAAUUCCGAAGACUGGUCUUUAGCUAUAGUAUCUCUCGCAGUAUGCUGGAAAGGUGCAGAAGUCGAAGUGAAAAAAGGAACAUUGCCUUCAUGCAAGAACUUCAGUGUCUCUUUGCCCUAAUGGUUGGAUCUAAUCGAAGAUUUGUUGAUCCAUCUGCAGCCGUUGAACUUUUAAAAGAUGCAUUUCUAUCAGAAGAAGCACAGCAGCAAGAUGUCAGCGAGUUUACGCACAAGCUUCUCGACUGGCUGGAAGAUGCUUUCCAACAGGCAGUUAAUGGAGAAAAUCAAAGAGAGAAAUCAGAGAACCCUAUGGUGCAGCUUUUCUAUGGCACAUUUCUUAAUGAGGGGUUUCUUGAAGAUAAAACAUUCUCCAACGUUGAGACAUUUGGUCAGUAUCCCCUUCAAGUGAAUGGUUUCAACAACCUGAGUGAGUGUCUAGAAGGUGCUAUGGUGGAGGGAGAAAUAGAAGAUGUUAAAACGGGGCGUACAGUUAAGUACAGGCAAGAGCGCUGGUUUACAAAGCUUCCUCCAGUAUUGACCUUUGAGCUCUCUCGAUUUGAGUAUAAUCAGUCUCUGGGUCAGCCGGAAAAGAUUCACAACAGGCUUGAGUUUCCAGAAAUAAUUUUCAUGGAUAGGUACCUUCACAAAAAUAAAUCUGUCAUGAUGAAGAAGCGAGAGGAGGUAAUGAAACUGAAAGAACGGAUUGACUCCGUACACCACAAACUAGAGAGGUAUAUGAAGUAUGGCUCUGGUCCAAACCAAUGUCCUCUUCCUGAAAUGUUGCAGUAUGUACUUGAAUUUGCCAGCACAAAGUCUGCAGUUAAAAGCCAAACAAGUGUAACAAGGACGUUGCAGCCUUCAACCGCACUGGAAUCCUCUAACAGCAAAGCGUUAGCGAAUGGCUUUAUUCAUAGUGACGAUUCAAACGAAGACUCAGCAAAUAACGCCAUGGAAUCUGAACUAAACCCCUCACCUACAGAGAUGCUUCCUGAUACAAACUGUACAGCGUUAGCGUUACCAACUCCUCCUGGAACUACAGAGAGUGAACUUCGAUCGGUGGAAGCCUGCUUGCAGAGAUGGAUUGCGGAGGUGAAUCAAGACAUACAAGACAUGAAUGAUUCUGUUUCAAAUAUUGCAAAAUCAAUUGAAGACAUUUAUAUUGACCCUCUUCUAUCUCAGGUCCCAUACAGACUUCAUGCAGUUCUAGUUCAUGAAGGACAGGCUAAUGCAGGCCACUACUGGGCUUACAUCUACAACCACAGCAGAGGCUGUUGGCUUAAAUGUAAUGAUGUUGCUGUGUCAGAGACUACUUGGGAGGAGGUGAAGAGAGACUCCUAUGGAGGAAUGAAAAAUGCUAGUGCCUACUGUCUUAUGUAUAUAAAUGAUAAACUUCCGUACCUCAUUGCUGGCAAUGAAUCAGGGCACUUGAUGGAUAAUAUUGAGAGCCUCCCUCCUCGUCUGAAGUGCUAUGUCAAAGAAGACAACCAACGAUUUGAGCAGGAGGUAGAAGAGUGGGAGGAAGCUUAUUCUUGCAAAAUUCCCCAGGUGGAAUCUAUCUCCCUUUCUGAAUCUGAAGAGCUAUCUACUGAUUGUGAGGCAUCUACUGUGAGCAAUGAGGAAUGUGCCAGAUCCUUGUCUUUAGAACAUGCUGUGAUCAACAAAGAACAAACUGCUCUGGCCAUAACAAAAACUGCUGAAUCCUAUGAAAGAGAUGGAGUGGAAGCAGCGCUGCAAGAGCCGACACAUCCAGAGUCAGAGGAGGCAAGCCUUCCUGAACCCAGCCUCACUGGUCAGGAGAAAGAGGAGCAACAGCCCAGCUCCCUACUUUCUGAAGUGGAGAUACCUAGUGUGGGAAAAAUACUCGUUAGAUCCGACGCUGAUGGGUAUAAUGAGGAGGUGAUGCUCUGCCCUGCAAUGCAAGGUGUUAUACUGGCAAUACUCAAAGCCCGCCAGGUCUUUGAUCGAGACGGGCCUGAAGCUGGUCUUGUUAAGGCAUUCCGUGAGGAAUAUACCCGUCUCUACCAACUGUCCAAAGAAGAACUUAACCCUUCCAGUGACCCCCGUCUUCAGCAUGUCCUAGUCUAUUUCUUCCGAAAUAAGGCCCCUGAGCGUGUUAUAGAACGGACACUGUUGGAGCAGUUUGCUGAUAAAAAUCUCAGCUAUGAUGAGCGAUCAAUAAGUAUCAUGAAGGUGGCACAGAGAAAACUGAAGGAGAUUGGGCCAAAUGAUAUGGAUAUGAAAGAAUAUGAGAAAUGGCAUGAAGAUUACAGUCUAUUUCGCAAGGUGUCUGUUUAUCUUCUGACUGGAUUGGAGCUGUACCAGAAUGAGAAGUAUCAGGAAGCCCUAACAUACCUGAUUUAUGCUUACCACUUCAACAACACUCUGCUGCGUAUAGGGCCAAAUCGUGGAGUGAAUGCAAAACUGAUUGAAUUAUACAGAAGGAAGUGUCUUGUGGAUCUAAAUAAUAGAGCUAUCAACCUUUUUGGAAGUCAUCAAGAUGAGCAGGUGUCUGAGGGAAUUAGUAUUGUUAACGAUUUGAUCAUCCCAUCUAUGCACCUCAUGUUCAACAGCAAAAUCUCAGAGGACGACAUGUCUGCCAUUGAAGACAUGAGGAGUUGUUGGUGUUCCUUCCUUGGGCAAGAUAUAGAUGAUAACCUGCAACUGAAGCUUAGCCAGUUCCUUCCCAGACUUUUGGACUGUUCUGCUGAAAAGAUUGUGCUUAAGGAGCCACCAAAGAUCCGACCUCACUCUCCAUAUGACCUAUGCAGUCGCUUCACAGCAGUUAUGGAGUCAAUUCAGGGUGCUUCUGCUGUCACAGUGACAUAGGAUUGGGCAUUUAGCCUUUGUAUUACAGGCAUUGUAUUAAAAUGCUAAGAAAAGGUCAACACUUUGCACAGAACAAAUUCACUCUAAUAUGAAGAGCAGGUUUUUAUUAAUGCAGGUUUUUGUACACUCAGGCCAGAGACAAACAGGGAGCUGCCUUGUUCUGUGUUAUCUGCUUUAUUUUGAAGUCUUUUGUCUUUUUGCCUUUUUGAACACCACUAUUUUGGUACCACUAAUAUACCAUUAUUGUAUACCACUUCAUUUUAUAGGCAGCUGUGCUAACUGCUGGUUAGUUGUGUGCAGCUCAGGCUUUACUGCUUGAUUCUUCCAGUAUGAGAGACCUGCAUCGCAUUGCUCUGGUGUGAAAAGGGCUUAGCAGCCAUUACCACAGUAACAAAGAAGGUGUGUGGUGUUUGUUUUUCUGUUUGUUUAUUUUUGUGGAGUAAUGGUUUUGGAGUCUCACUGCCUAAUGUUAUGGAACUUGAUGCACAAAGCACAUGACUAGAGGAUGUAUAAUUUAAAUUGAAUUUAAAGGGUAAUUUCCGUGACGUGUAUAUAUUUAUAUACACUAACAUGACAUCUGUAUGUAAGUGAAGCGUUAAACAUUGCAUAAUUGGGCAUUAUUCUCACAUUUUCAGAACCAUUCAUCUCCAAAUUAUGACUCCAAUGCCUAUUAAAAAGCCAGAUUGUUUACAGUAUUUAUAUAGGUUUUAUGUACGUGUAUUAUUACACUGUUCAUUUUCGUAAACCCAGCAUAUAAAAAGUCUACACAUUGGUGUCUAUGCCGUUUUUAUUCAGCCAUGCAUCAUUCUGGAGGGCACAGUAGAGACAUCUUCCUCUUGAGUAGAUAAAGAGUACUUUUUUUUUUUUUUUUUUUUUUUUUAAUAUAAGUAAUGGGCUAUAAAUACUAUACAUAUAUCCAUAUCUCUUGCCAAACAACUGACUGGGUAAUGUAGACUUUUUAGCCUGUGACUGAUGGGUAUUUCUGAACAAUCACACAAGCAGCUGUACAAUUAGAUUCAAAAGGAAAAGAAGGGAGAAAAAGACUAGUGUAAGAAGCCAAACACCAUUGGGAUUUGGCAAGGAGGGCACACUAUUUUGGCUUUUUUUUUUUUUUAUAUAUCUGCGAAAACUGGUAUCUGGGAAACGUUCUGGCAUCUAAACAAUCCUUGUUGCCAUGGGUAAAAAAAAACAAAAAACAACUAAAACCAGUAUUUAAAGCGUGUGUACUAUAAAGAUUUAUGCUUCUUUAUACUUCCAUUUCUUAUUUUAGAGACAUGGGUUUCAUUUUAUUUCCAAAAAGUAAAUGUGAGUCAACGUUACUGUGCUCUGCAAAAUGCGCGGAUGCCCUUGCCAAUGUUGACACCAACUGUGCCAAACCAAAUUGUCUACAGCAUAUAAUGAGCAUGUGUGAUCUUUACCCUUCCUCGUUUAGCUUUAAAUACGGGUGGUAUUCUUUAGAGUGGUGUGAAGAAAGCUACAUCUUUAAACCAUUGUUACUAAAGUAAUUGAACUUUUUUUUUAUGUGCAAUAAAAUAUUUAUGUUUUUAUCUUAA